AUGCGAACAUUGGAAUGGGAUAAUAUGGGAUUGAAAAUCGAUGGUCGUCAGUUACAUCAUCUUCGCUUUGCUGAUAACAUCGCCUUUAUAACACUAAACAGCCAAUCGGAACGUAUGCUCGCCGACUUUGAUAAGUCCUGUGGAAAAAUUGGUCUUCGAGUAAAUCUCACAAAAGCGGUGUUCAUGAAGAACGGAUUGGUUUCGCAUUCCCCCAUUCACGCUCAACCGAACCAAUAUCUUCGAAUGCUCCAGUUAUGUCUGUGGCUUGGGGAGCUUUCAAGAGCAUCGAAGAAGUACUGA